CUCUUGUUUAAAUUUCAGAUUCUGCUUUGUUGCCAGACACUCGUGUCCCUAAAUUUGGAGAAUUUUGAUGACGAGGGAUCUGAGGUGACACGAUCUAUGUCACCUUUGCCAAAGAAAGAUGGGGUGGCAUCUAGAACUAAAUUCGUUGCACGUUGGAAUUCACUUGUGUGUUCUCCACCACCACAAAGUCCAUCUGACUCUGAGGUUUCCAGUGAGUCCGAGAGCGCUUGCACUACUGAUAGUCAUGCAGAAUCUACAACAGAUUCAACUGAUGACUCUGGUUUUGAUGGUGUUGCUGAGUGUAAGAAAACAUCAUGCAUCGGUCUUUCAGGUGUGCAUGACAAGAUUAUGAAGGACCAUUUUAUAGGAAAAAUUGAUGUCCAUGUGAAAAACCUGAUCCCGCCGCAUCCUUCAAGAGCAGUAAGUGUAAUCAACCAUGAUCAUGUCAGCUUUUUGACGGAUUCCUUUGUAUCGAACCCCAUUGGGCAGAUUGUAACGCUUGUUAGAAUGGUGGGCCCAGAAGAUGACAACAGCCAUUUAGAUCGUGAAGGUGGAAGCAAGGUUGAAGUCCUGGGUGGCAACCACACGCGGGAGGCGCUGCUGACCCUGCAUGCUCGUGGGACCCUGGACAGGGAGACAGUGCAGGUAAACCUGUACAGGGAACUGCCCCAGACAACAGCCCUGUCCAUAGGAUUCCAGCACAAUGCGGUGCUUCAAGAGGGUCGAAAGCAACUAACAUUCCUGGACAAAGUGCGGCUCAUGCGACAUUGCCGUCCGUCGGACCAUAUGACGAAGAGGCAGAUUAAUGAGUGGAAGGAUGGUCUGGUCGUUGUAUUCAGGAGCAAGCGCGGGAAGACCUCAGCCGAGGAUAGAAGGCGCCUGUCAGCUGGCUACCAACAACAUUUGAACCUAGCCCAGCUUCCUGAAGAUGUCUGGUCCAUGUUUGUGCAGGCCAGUGACAAAAAUGAAAAUCUGUCAGAGAAGUUUUUCCGACCGCUCAUGAGAAUAAACAGCAUGGAACUCAUACGAAAAUGUCUGACAACUCUACUCCAUACUGGACAGAAGGAGUUCAGAAAACACGUAAAGAGCUACAUUGAUGAGGGUUAUGUUAAAAGUAACAAAAAUGUUGUCAGCGAAGACCUUCAGGUGCUUGUUGAAGUGGACAACAACACUAAGGAAGUGAGCAGCGAAGAUGAAAUCGCACAGAGUGAUGACAAUGAGCAGUACAAAGAAAAGUACUUCACUCUUAAGGAGGACCAUGAAAAGAUUCUGUUGGAGCAUGCUCAGCUGCUGACUAAGUACCAGCAGGUGCAAAAGCAACUUGAUGAGAUAAAGGCUGGUAAGGAAGAAAACAGAGGCCUCAAACGACCAAAUGACUCCAAUUGUGACAUAAGCAAAGGUGAUGAUGUACAGGCAAAAUGGGUUGAUGAGGAUGGAAAUGAAACCUGGUUAUCAGCUACAGUGACAAAAGUGUUAAAACAUGAUGUGCAAGUACAGUUCCACUGUGAUCAGACAUUUUGUAGAGUGCCAAGAGAUUGUAUUAAAUAAAGGCAUGAACUACAUUGAUGCUUGGUCAGCCUCUACUAAAGCCAGAUAGUUUGUUUCGACCCAUAUUACAGACAUAGUUGUAACCUGCUGUUGAAAUAAAGAAAUUACAAUUUUGCAGAUACUUUCUGAUCGGUUGUUGUGAACAUAGGUAUUAGAGUGCUGGGAAUUAAUGUUAUAGAUAUUAUUUAUGAUAUAUUAUAUAUUUAAUAUAUAUGUGCUGUGCCCCUGUUGAUAACUAGUUAUUGCCUCGAGUGCUUUAAAAAGAAAUGGUAUCAACCAAUGUGCUAAUCUGGUUUUAUGAUAUGUAAUUUAACAGUGUUUAUUUUAAAAAGGGAAUGUCCAAUCAUUCCCAAAAUACG